CGAGGAGAGACUGAGCGAGUGAGAGUCGCGCGCCUCUUUCCGAUGAGAUAGUGCAUAUAUAUAUACACACACACACACACACACACACACACACACAGACGCAGCGCGGCUCCGACACAGCGACGAACUGUUCACCAGCGCGCUCUGGUUUUAAUUCGGAAGGGUUUUUGAGACCACAGCGAGCAGGACGGUGGGGGGAGCGAGGGAUUUUGUCUGCAAGUUUUUCUUUUGUGUUCUUUUUUCUUUGUUUUUUCUAAAGAAGGAUUGUGGUUUUUGGGGGUUGUGGCCGCAGAGAUGAUGGUCGGGGAGAUCGAAGUGAAGGAGAGACCGAGGCCGAGUCCUGACUAUCUGAUGCAGUUACUGAACGAAAAGAAGCUCAUGACCAGUCUGCCGAACCUGUGCGGCAUCUUCACACACCUCGAAAGACUGCUGGAUGAAGAGAUAAACAGAGUGCGGAAGGACAUGUACAAUGACACAGUGAGCGGUUUGGUAGACAAACACCCUCUGGAGCUUCCCGAGGCUCACGGUCCCAUCGUCCAUCUGCAGGAGAAACUGUUCGUCCCUGUUAAAGAAUAUCCUGACUAUAAUUUCGUAGGCAGGAUUCUGGGGCCACGAGGUCUCACAGCGAAGCAGCUGGAGGCGGAAACCGGCUGCAAGAUCAUGGUCAGAGGAAAGAGCUCCAUGAGGGACAAAAAGAAGGAGGAGCAGAACCGAGGGAAGCCGAACUGGGAGCACCUGAACGAGGACCUGCACGUUCUCAUCACGGUGGAGGACACACAGGCGCGAGCCGAGAUCAAGAUGAGGAGAGCCGUGGAGGAGGUGAAGAAGCUCCUGGUGCCGGCGGCGGAAGGAGAAGACAACCUUAAGAAGAUGCAGCUGAUGGAGUUGGCCAUCCUUAACGGAACCUACAGAGACACCAAUGUUAAAGCCCCGAACCUUGCGUUCUCUCUUGCAGCGGCGGCCGCAGCGGCUCAGGGCCCUCGGCUGAUCGCCGCCCCCGCCGGUCAGGUACUUCCACCUGCCGCUCUGCGUCCCCCGACCCCGGCCGGCACGCCCAUCAUGAACCUCAUCCGUCCCGCGCAGAUGCCCGCCAUGCUGCCCAACGCCACCCCGACGCUGGUGCCCCCGGCGCCUGACGCAGGCAUCAUCUACGCCACGCCCUACGACUACCCGUACGCCCUGGCACCCACCUCUCUCCUGGAGUACCCCAUCGAGCACGGAGGCGUCCUAGGUAAGCGGGCGUGGGGGCUCGGUGCUUCAGGCUUUGGCGGGCAUCAGGACGGCACCGCCGCAACGUUUUACGGGGGCAGCUUGGACAUGACGAUGCCAAGCCCUGCCCAGGACUUAGUCCAAGGUGCAAUGGCUACUAAAGUGCGGAGACAUGACUCACGGGUCCAUCCUUACCAAAGGAUAGUGACCGCAGACAGAGCCGCCACCGGCAACUAACAAAUGACCUCUGACCUCUGAACUCUUCACCCAAUGAUGAGCCGCCCCAAGCCUGCCUGCUGAUCAGAUUAACUGGUAAUUGCCUUUUGCUAGCCUGUUGGACGCUGAGAAAACGAGAGAGGCACCUGUGACCCUAACACACAAACCAACACAAACCGCAACAAGAUCAAAUGCCUACAAACCGACAAGUUGUGUGAUGAUUUUAAUGUUAGGCGUUUAUGUUUAUUGACUGUAACGACCUUUUUUUUUUUUUUUUUUUUCUUUUCUUUUUCUCCCCCCUGCUUGUUUCUUUCUUUUUUUCUUUCUCAAUCCCUGAUAGUUGGGUGAUGUUCUUGGUAGCAAAAAUCUGCACUGAGUUAAUAAGCAAUAAAAAAAAAAAUCAUGUAUUAUUUUCUCCCUUACCUUCACAUCCCCACUAGACGUUCUUAUUUCAAUAAUUACAAUUCGGAACGAUCAGGAUGCAGACUGAAAUUCAUGGAAACCUGCACAUAUCUAAAUUUUAGUGAGUGAAAAGGAAGAAGGAAAGAAACCCACUCACACAAACCUGUUGUGUGUCAUUGUCGUGUGUAGCAAUGUUUUUUUUUUUAUUAUUAUUAUUAUUAUUUUCUUUCUUUCAUCUAUUACGUUUUCACAAUGCUGACACAUUCUGGGUGCGCCUAUCUAGCUGACGCUGAGUGCAUGGCAAAAUGAUGGACUGCUUGGGGGGGGGGAAGAGCUUUUUCUUUUAUUUUGUUUUAUUCUUUAUGUGCUUUGUAUUAUUUUGAUAGUAGGACGAAGCUUAAUCAUACCUGCAGUAUGGGUGCCAUCUCAGCCGUGUGGCAGAACGGGGUUAAGAAGAGUAUUCCAGAGUAUUCUCAGUAAUCUUAAAGCUAGGAUGUUUAUGGCUGCGGAGAUUUGGGCAGGAAGAGUUUGUUACACUCACCUACGCCACCCCAAACACCCCCAGCCUCGAAAAUACAGUGCCUGAAGUUUAUAUAUAGAGUUUUUUUUUUUUUCUUUUUUUUUUUUUUUUUGAAUGAGCUGUGAGACAAAAGACAAAAAAAAAAAAAGUAUUAUGUGUGCGUAUUUAGCCAAAGGGUUACAAUUUGAUAAAUUUAUCUCUAUACAAUUAUGUAUCUAAGCGCAGAUGGUUCGUUCUUUUAGUCUAGAGUAUGAAAAGGUGUGUCAUGUGCCUGUGUACGUUUGACAUCCAGUCAAAUAGCAUGAAAAGACAAUAAUCCCUCAGCCACUGUGCUUCAGUCUCCUUUAAGUUGAAUAAAAUCAAGAAACACUACUAAAUCUUGGAUGAAUUAGACAGGAAGCGAGGAAAAGAGUUCUGUACAUACCUGCGUUUUAUAUAUAUAUAUAUAUUACUUUAUUUUCCCUUCGUGAUUAACAUUUUUCAUUUCUAAUUCUUAACCCUUUAACUAAAAUUGGGCGUCAUUAUUAUUAUUAUUUUUUCCAUUCCUGCUUAAUGGGAUGAAUCUUUUCCGUAUUUUUUGAUUGUUGAAAAAGAGAAGAAGAAAAAAACGCUCAUCCACAAUGUGUCCCACAAUUUUUUUUUUUUUUUUUUUUUAAAAAACAUCAGUCCGUAGUUCAUCUACAGAACCCAUCCGAGUUGAACUCUUUCUCAAGAAAAAAAAAAAUAGGAUGUGAAAGCCAUGUCUGCCUGUUCAAAUUGCUUUAUACAUACAUGAUCUAUAUAUAUAUAUAUAUAUUAAAAAAAAAUGUAUACAAAUGUAGAUAAUGUCAUUGCAUAUUAAGAUGCUGAAACGAUCAAAAUUAGAUACUUUUACAGGGUGCUGGAGAAGAAAUAUAUUUUUGGCAAUUUUAGCUUUUUAUACUUAACUUGCAGUUACAAAAUGUACAAAAAAUGAAGAAAAAAAAAAAGAGGAAGGAAGUUUGCGUAAAAGAUUUUGCUAUUGGCGAUGAAAACCAAGAAACUUUGGAGUAUUUCCAGUUCUAAGCAUUAAGAGGGAAGUAUUAGAAAUUUGUAAAAGGGGGGGAAAAAAGUGCCUUAUUGAUGGUUUUUUUGUUUUGUUUUGGGUUUUUUUUUGUUUUGUUUUGUUUUGUUUUUUUCUCCGAGUUACAUUGUGUUCAGUAAUCUUGUGCGACAGCGACAACGGUGCUUAGUGCAUAGAGAAAGAGAAAGCUUGUUAAAGUGUCGAGUUUGAUUGUCGCCCAGCUGUGCCACUCAAUCUACUCUAUGCAAAAAGAAUAGCAGUCAUUCGACCAGCUAACUACGUGCCAUGAUUUGUCUUCCCGAGAUUAGGUUAACCUUGCUCUCUCUCUCUCUCUCUCUCUCUCUCUCUCUCUCUCUUUUUCUCUCUCUCUGUCUCAUUCUCUUUCCCUUUAUGCCAUUUGAACAAAAAGAUUUCUUUAAUUUCAAUUUCCAAUCUAUGUCUUGUUAUUGUUAUUGUUUGAAGCAAACUGCCAUUUAAAAUUCGGAUUUGCAAAUUGGAUGUUUUUUUGUUUUUUUUUUGUUUGUUUUUUUUUAAUUAUUAUUAUUAUUAUUAUUAUUAUUAUUCCUUUCAUGAGAUACUGCUUUACCUAAAUUUCCUGUGCUUUUUUUUUUUUUUCUUAUAAAUUGAAAAGAUAAGAUCUUUAUAGUCAAGAAAAGAACUUUAAGCUCACUUUCGCAUCGAGCUGCUCAGCUGUUUGACACCUUGUUCCUACAGCCGUACCGAAAGCUAUUACCGAAUCGUAUUAAAAAUUCGAAGCCCAGUUCACAGCAUUUAAACAAUUAGAGAGGUUUAACUGCAUUAUGGGCCAAAAAAAAAAAUGUAAAGUGUAUUUCAAACUAAAUUUCCAUUCAUGGCAGCCUGUUUCACUCUCUUCUCUCAAGCUGUUACACAGGAAAGGUCAAUUUUUUUUCUCUCUCUCCAGUGUUAGACACUUUUUUUUUUGUUUGUUUAUAAUGAAAUGCAAUAUCAAAAUGGAGGUUUGAGAAGACAGCCCUGAUUAAGAAGCAGUAUUACGAGAAAUGCCCUCCGCGAUGUUACGACAUGCUGUUGGUCAUUGUUUUAAGGUCGAUUUAGUCCAUCAGGUUUAUAGAGAAAUCUCUUGUAUUCUCUCCUGCCUGCCUAAUACAUGUAUAAUAAUGUAAUUUACAAUCAUUGUUACAGGUUUCUAAUGUAUUUUUCUAACUUCAUUUUAUAUGUAUAUUAUAAAUCACUCUUCUGGCUGUUUUUUUUCUUUCUUUCUUUCUUUUUUUUGUUCCUUUUUUGAUGCCCACUACAAUUUUUUUUUUUUUAUUAACUCACCUUUUUUGCUGUCUCACUCAGAAACUCAAGUCUCUCUUGUUGGGAGCGUUGCCUUUCCAACAUUUAUAUUUAAUUUCCUUGCCAAUCUUUAGCUUGUUUAACUCAUUAGCGACUAUAUUAGUUUUCCUUGUCAAGAUUUUUACAUGCUUGCAUUUAGUUUUCAUGGUGUAUGCUGUUAUUUUCUUAUUAACCCCCCUUGCCAUUUAUUUUAAUAAAAUAUUCUUAGUAAGAAUUUUACUAACUUUGCUGAUAUUUUUGUUGGUCUUGUGUUUAACCUGUUGAAUGAAUGUACUACUUUUGACCUGGUUCACGGACUAACACGAUUAAAACUGGUCUCUGACCACUUCACAGAAAUGAAGGAAUCGCACUAACAUACUACACUACACUACACACACGUGUAUAACACGCUUAGGAUUCCACUCAUACACUGGAUCAUGGACUUGGGCACCCACAAACACACACAUGCACCUAACUGGAGAAGUGCACGAUCUAGUCCAUCCUCACUCUGCUCUGCUGACCCGAACCCACACUGUCUGUCUCACACACACACACACACACAAACAAAAUGCCCAGUUUAACAAUAGGUUAAUUAGUUAUGUAGGGAAUAAAACACAAUUCUGUUACAGGAAAAUAAUCAAAAACAGUGUAUGAUUUUUUUUCCCCUCUUAUACCAAAACAAUUUGCCGGCAAUUACAAUCAUUAUUAAUUAAAGAACGUCAUACUUAUCCAUUUAUAGUUACAUAUAAUGUUGUGGAACAUCUGCGAAAGAAGUUAGUUCCUAUUAUCACUUAGAUUAUAGCAGCUAUAAACUGUCCUUCUUUCACUUUUUAUCUCCUCCUUCUAGAAAUGAAUAAAACAAAAAUUCUCAUGAUACCAAAAAAAUAAAUAAAUUAUAUAAAAUUAAAACACUGUCCUGAAAAUUUUGCCGUGUUGGAAACGUAAACAUUUCAGCUUUAGUUCUGACUGUGCUGUUUCAAAGCACUGGCACUGGAGACUCCUUCCAAAAGAAAACGAAAUCGUCACCAUAUCAGUGAUUACAAACAUUUUUAGAUCUGUUUCUGUCCCUUCAUAGGUUGUUACUAUAUUAUAUAAUGUAUUAAUGUAAAUCUGAUUUGCCUUGCAUCAGGAACUACUAUCAGAGCUGCUGUAAUAGACAGGUAACACUUUCUGACCAAUCAGAAUCCAGAAUUAAACAGUCUGUCAAGAAUCCUGGAGGUGAUUAUUUUCCAAUAAAACGUUCUAUUCCUUUUUUUAAACCACAGCAAUUUGCCAGCUAUUACAAUUUUUUUUAUUAAAAAAUGACUUUUUAUCCAAUUACUGCUACAACAACGUUGUGGAAUCUCUCAAAACAAGUUAGUUCAUGUUAUCACUUACGCUAUAGAAGCUGUAAAGAAUCGUUCCCGUAUCAGUCUAUAGUUUAUCUCUCAAGGUUAAUAGGAUGAAAACAUGCAGCAUGGCAGAAAACUUUAGGCUUUAGGUGCAGCUUUUACGUCUGAAGGUUGCAUAGCGCUGUCUGAGUCUCCUAGCAUAAAUAUUAAAUAAACGUCUGCUUUACUCGUCAGAAAGCUUUACCGUAGCAACAAUGAUACAUUCUCCUCUGUCAACACGUUUAGCUUUUAAAAUCCGUUUCUUGAAGGGAUUAAAUUGUCAACUUCCACCAAACAAGCCCGUGUGAGUUAAGAAAUAAUGUCUCAAAACGAGCGUGUUAAUAUAAACCUGUGGCUCGAUACUGCGUCAUAGCCGUGCUGUUCUAGGAAAUGAAUCAACACCUUCUGACCGAUUCGUUUGAUUCUGAUUAAAGCAAUCAGGUAUCUUUUCAUCAGUGGAAAUUUGCCGGCAUUGUCGUAAUCAAACAUGGCCAUCUUUAAACUGGGACAGAUUUUACAGCUGAUAUACUGAAUAUUUUCAGCGUGGCAAAUUUUACAGCUGUGUCUGAUUUCACACUAUUUCAAAUUUCCUCACCAGGGCGCUGCUUAAACAAUCCCCUCGAUUUAUCCCAGGUGCGUUUAAUGUUUCAGCACUGCUUUUUGAGUGCAGUGUGUACUCACAGGCCAUUGGUGCCGUGGAAGUGCCUUCCGUCAGUGCAGAGUCUAUUUCAGCUCCUUCACUGCUGCCAAUAAAUAAAUAUAUAAAUAAAUAUAAACAUGUCUGUACUUGCAAGAGCUGCUCGUCUCGUCGCCUUGGAGACUGAACGAUAGUCUCAUCGAAGCCCAACAUAUUUGUGGAAUAUUUUCUUCCUUUGUUGAAAUCGAUUUUUUAUUUAUUUUAAUUUUUUUUUGCCUGACAGCUUUUCCUGUUCAUUUGAAACCUCAAGCACAAUUAAUAAUGCGUACUAAUUUUUCGGUUUGGUUCUCCUAAUCCUGACAUUAGUUUCUCUUUUUCCUUUAAACUCUUUAAACUGUUCUCUGACUAAUUCACCAGCUGUCGCGACUGACGCACAUGCAAACAUUAACUUUCAUUAAUCUGGUUUUUAGACCCACUUUAACCCACUGAGUGAUGCAAAUACACAAAAAAAUUUUCAUCACCAAAUGAGUCAGUUUUGUUCUAAUGCUCUUCAUAAUCAAAAGUCACCCAUUAGCUUCUCAUUAGCUUCUUGGUUUUUGGUGUCAUGAUUGACAUUCUUUUUUUCUCUUUUUUUUUGUGAGGGAGACGUUUUCACGUUUUUGAAUGUACAAUACACAUAAAGCUUCAAAAGAAUCAUUUUAUAUUAUUGAUUCAAUAUGUUGGGUCUUUUUGUACGUCCUAAGCUAAACUAUAAAAGUAUAUUCCUUUUUUUGUAAUGUACUUAAAAAUAAGCUUCUCUUUUACUGUAUUUUUAUAGCGGCUUUGUGUUACUAUUCAGAUGAAGAAAAAAAAAAAAAAAGAAAAUAUUUCUUUACUGGCUGGAAUUAAGGAAUAAGAAAGCACAUAAGGAAUUUCAAGCACUGCCAUACUGCUCCUUGAAAUACCUGGAAAAAGUGUUUCCUCUGUUGUUGUGGUUUUCAUAGAUUUUCACACACUGGGCCUCAUUUAUCAGACUGGAUGCGAACAAAUUUAUUCGUAGGAACAUUUACACAAAGGAGUUUGUGUAAAUUUACACAUAAGGAGACUUAAUAAUGCACGGAAGCCCUGAACCUCAAGGUGUGGAUUUUUUUUUUAAUUGCUGUCAUUAUUUUGACUUAGUAUCUCGUUAUUUUUUACUUAUGAGAUACUGAGUGAAAAUAAUGAGAUACUAAGUCAAAAUAACGAUACUAAUUAAAAAUAAUGAGUUAAUAAGUCAAAAUAACAAGAUACUAAUCAAAAUUACAGGAUCCUACAUAAAAAUGAGAUACUAAGUCGAAAUAAUGAGAUAAUGAGUCAAAAAAUGAGAUACAGUACUAAGUCAAAAUGAUGUUCAAAAUGAUGACUUAGUAAGUCAAAAUAAUGAGAUACUAAAUCAGAAUAAUGAGAUGAUAAGUCAAAUUAACAAGAUAAUAAGUCAAAAUAGAGAUACCAAGUCAGAAUAUUCACUUAGUAAGAUGAAAUAAUGAGAUAAACAAGAAAUGCCGUAUCUAUGCGUUGGCUGAAAUGUUGGUAUCUUGCGUUUCGCUCCUGAGUUUGUGUAAAUUUACAUAUAAGGAGACUCACUAAUGUGUGGAAGCCCUAGACCUCAAGGUGUGAAUUUUUCUUCAAUUUCUGUCAUUAGUUUUGACUCUCUAUUUUGUCUUAUUAAGUCAAAACAACGAGAUAUUACGUCAAAAUAAUGAGAUGCUAAGUCAAAAUAACGAGAUACUAAGUCAAAUUAAUGACUUGGUCAAAAUAACGUGAUACUAAUUCAAAAUAAUGUGAUCCUAAGUCAAAAAUUUUGUGUUACGAAGUCAAAAUAAUGACUUGAUAAGUCAAAAUAAUGAUUAUAGCAGUUUAUAAAACAAUUUCUGCACCUUGCAGUUCAGGGCUUCUCUACUAACGUGAACCUCAAUUGAUCAGCUUCAAAAGUCAGAUGAUUGACAACGAGUUAUUGGGAUUUAAUAUACAGGAUAUUAAUAUACGCUGACAAGUUUAAAUCACUUAUUCCAAUUGAAUAGUUAUUCAAUUAGGACAAAAGUAAUUGUGCCCUGUUACAUGAGGAAGAGUUAGUGUGUGUCUGUGACUCGCUGCAGUAGCUGAGCUGCAUUACUGGAAGAUUUAGAGCAAAACAUUUCGGAGGUGCUCUUUCACUUUAAUCGUUUAAUUGUAAUUUUUUCAUCUUUAGCUUACUGUGAGCUUUGCCUUUCAUGAGCAUCAAUAAAUGUAAAGCUUUUGCGUGAAAGCAUUCGAUCAUUUAUAGCUGUCACUGAAUCUUUUGUAAAUCUGACAGGAAUGGUUUUGUUCAGUUCGGUCUACGCAAACAUUCAUACACAACUUUACUAAAAGAUCGAUAAACGAGGCCCAUUGAUUAUCUGCCAUAAAUAGUCAGCGAUCAGGGGAUGUUGAGUUUAAAGUUCAUUCUAAAAUCCUAAGAAAAAAAAAGUUCUCUUUCUCUAAAUUGCUUAUGCUUUCGCUGUCUUGUGCUUUGAACUGAAACACAGAGGCGGUGUUUCAAAAAAUGAUUGGACCAUAAAGUGCCUUUAGUGGCUGUUCCAUUCGACAGUCGAUAGUUAUAUGAUCUGUGUGCUACACACAGACCUCUGAAAGGGAAGUGCUGCCUUUUAAUCUGCUUUUAUUAAUCAUCAGAUGAUAAUUACUUCAUUUGAAAACAUUCCUCCAUGGACUGCAAACUGUAGUGCUUCUGCCAACGUGGCACUCAGGGGGUUAAAGACAAACUACUACUUCUACCAAAUCUUUUAAUGGUAUUUAAAAAAAAAAAAAAAAAAAUCUGGGCGUAAUAAUCUACUGGAGCUUUUACUUUUGUUUUUUAUGCAUAAUUUUUUUCUUUCUCAUCAUUUGUAUGUUGUUUGAAGUCCAAGCGUGGAAAGCGAUAAAAGUGCACUACAUCGCUGUUUUUUUUUUUUUUUUUUUUUUUUUUUUGGUGUUCUAAGACAAUAUGUAAAGUCGUUUUUAAAUCUUUGUUGUUGCCUUGUUUUAUAUAUAGAAAAAAAAUGUGAUAAGUUGCUCGUGUUGGCGGAAAAGAGAAAACUGAUGUGUGCAAUAAAAUAUUUACAACUGGA